AUGCCUAAUAAACACCAGGUCGCAAAGCGCUCGAGUACGUGGCCGAAGACAGGUCGCUCGUCCUGCAAGAUCUGUAACAAUCUCGAUGCCAAAGGCCAUGCAGCGUCUUCGCACGACGCCGAAGCCUUGUCGGGACGUACAAUCAGUCUCAGCCUUCCUGUCGACGCACUGCAGCUGAAAAAGUCGCGUGCCGGGUGCAGAUUCUGUAGCGUAUUGGCGGAGGCACUCGAUGCCUUCUUCGUUGACUGGUCGACAGUCAGAGCUCCAAUCAUCGUGGAUUUGGGCUUCAAUGUGCCUGUCUGCGCAUCGAUUCGUCAUGUCAGAUACGAGGACCAACAGAUUGAGAUCUACACUUCGCCUGGUGUCCGGUCGCCUUGGCCGUCCAUAGGCUCUGCUGCCAGCAUACCACUGUCGCCCGAUUCUGAUGCUUCUUUCGCGUUUGCGCAGCGAUGCAUUGACGACUGUGUAAGUAAACACACAGUCUGCCAGGAGGCUCCUGCAGCACAGCCAACGCGUUUACUCUACGUCGGUAAAGAUAAAGAGAGUCCAAUCAAGCUGUGUGAGCUGCCAUACAAUCGGUUGAAAUAUGCGGCAUUAAGCCAUUGUUGGGGACGCGGGCCAAGCAUCACUACUACCAAGGCGAAUCUGGCAGCACGCAAGAAGUAUAUUGACUUUGGUGCAAUGCCGGCACUGUUCCAAGAUGCAGUCAUCAUCGCGCGUAAGUUAGGCAUUGGCUUCCUGUGGAUAGAUGCUCUCUGCAUCAUCCAAGAUUGCCGCGAUGAUUGGGAAACGGAAUCUGCAAACAUGAUGAACAUAUAUCGCUGUGCACACAUCACUAUAUCUGCUGUGCAUCCACAGAGUAGCGAUGAGAGGAUAUUUGCGCCGCGCAGAAAGCCGAUCGUGCUGGAGUAUAAGAAUACGCAGGGCAAGUGUACGUAUCUACGCGCCCGCAAACUUGACCGGCACCACCCUGACCUGGGUGAGAGUCGACCUGCAAGACCUCACGGCCCAUUAAUGUCCCGAGCUUGGGUCUUGCAAGAGCACCUUCUCUGUACCCGCAUCCUCCACUAUACUGAAACCGAGCUUGUCUAUGAAUGCCGGAAAGUGUGCCGUUGUGAAUGCACGUCGACGUGGAGAGGAUGUGUCACCACCCCAGGUUUGCUAUCCAAAGUGCCGAAGAGUGAAGCUUGGGAUGUUUGGCACCGUAUAACAGCGCAGUACUCCUUGCGCAAACUCACUGUUCCAUCAGACAAGCUUCCGGCCAUUUCCGGAAUCGCCCAGAACUUCCGCUCGUGUAUCAACGCCAAAGACUCGGACUAUCUCGCUGGGCUCUGGAAGUCGAAUCUUCCCCAGGGGUUAUUGUGGUCAUCAGAUUCGAGUCUAUCAGCGCCAGUCUCCACACUCAGACUAUCGACAUAUCGUGCACCAAGCUUCACCUGGGCGUCUGUUGACACGCAGAUCAGAUACACGCAUAGCGCAGAUGAAGACUUGAUCUCGAAUGUCAGAAUCGUGUCCGCGUCUUGUACCAUGCGUGGAAUGAACCCAUUCGGCGAAGUAUCUUUCGGUUGUAUACAGUUAGAAGGGCAGUUGAUAGAAGGUUCACUUUCAGCCCCGCACGAGCAUGAAUUUGAAUAUGCCUUACAGCUGCAGAAUUCUUUGACGACGAUCAAAGUGGCCCCUGAUACCCUACUCGUCGUAUCUGCGCGACUAGGCGAAGCAGACGAAAGCUAUGAGACCGUUACACGGGGCGGGCCGAGUGAUGUCUACAGCCCAUUCGAUCGGGUCGGUGUUUGGUGUCUGAAUUUAGUCAGCUCUUCUCACGAGUACGUAUCUGGUCUCGUCCUCGCCCUCUCUCCACGGACGGCGGGGGCAUAUGAACGACUGGGCACGUUUUCGUGUGGACAUGAGUACUUCAGUGGUGCGCAGAAGCGCAAGUUGAACCUGGUUUGA